GACCCGAUCCUUCGUGGUGUCGCUGACGCGGAGGCUGAGAGAGAGAGAUUGGGUAAUAUGAUCAUGUGAGGCGCGGUGUAUGAUAUCAUCGUCCUCUCAAAACCUUCGUCUUCGAUUCGACUCCGUGCCUUUCUCUCUCUGUUUUCGGGUUUUUUGAAUCGCCGACAAACACAGUCAGCUACUUGUUUUGGAGAGGUGCUUGAUAAAUUGAUUGGAUGUGAAGGUGGGUUUUGAUUGAUUGAUGCAGAAUAUGGAGGACAUGGACAUUGAUCAAGUGGUCGACGUGCCGGACACACCUGAUAGAUUAGCUUCCAGACAUAUUAUUGGCAGGGGUUCUGUUAAAGACUGUAGUUCACCUUUAGCUGGAAAUUUUAGGAGUUUGGAGCCUAUGAAUGGGCUGAGGGGCAAGGGUAAGCUGGUCACUGAAAAUGGGCAUGGUAGAAAAAUGGUUUUCCGUCCACCAAAAUUUGGCAAUCCUGAGAGACAGGAUUGCAGCAACUCUAAUGGUUUUUCCUCUGUAGAGAAUUCAUCUGCUUCCCAACAUGGUCACUUAUUUAGGAGAGCAGCAGUGGAGAAAAUCCAUGGUCACAGGUCCAAGCAGCCUAUUGGAGCUCAGAAUACGGACCAGAUGUCUGGUAAAUUUCCUUCUAAAUCAUCCAUUGGCCAAGAAGGCACUGCAUUUUUUGAUUUAACCAAACAGAACGGUCAUACCCAACAUCCAAGAAAAGCUUUUCCACUUCGUGAAUCGAAAUAUCCUGUGGUCAAAGAAAUACCUGAUUCUAUAAAGAUGUCCAGAAAUGCCUUUAAGGGGAAGGGAAAGAUAGAUGAUAAUACAUCUAAAGGUCCUGCUUUUGACAUGGUUGAUGGAAAAGGGAUUGAUCUGUCCUCUGAUUCUCAAUCUAAAUCUGGAGAGCAGAUGUAUGUUUCUCAUUCUGUUACCUCACCUAGAGUCAGUGGGCAAAAAAGAUUGGUCAGAAAUGGGUGUAUCUCUCCACUCAAUAUAGAGACAAAAGCUAAACAAUUAGCUGAACAACAAAGUAACAGCUCCAAAAACGUUGAACAAAAUCAGGCAGGAAAUGCAGGUUCGAAUCAUCCCCAAUAUGUAGACAUAAGUGAUAUAGUUACUGAAGAUGAUAAUAGUGAAAGAAGGAAAGGAAAAACAAUUGUAAUUGAUCCUUAUACACCAAAGGAGCGCAACACAAAAUAUGUCCAGACAUCUAGCAGUAGCUCUGUAACUGAAAAUGGAAAAGCUAAAGGAACCAGUGAUGCCAGUGGAGAUGCAAUUGGAUGCUCUACAGAAAAUGGUGGUUGGAGAAGUAUACGUAACCCUAUGAGGAAAAUAAAUCCUGCAUUGCCUGAUUCAGCUAGGCAUCUUUCCAGUAGAACAGAUCAUAAUGGAAUAAACUUUAGGACCGAAUCUGAUCAUACAGAUAGGAAUGCAGUUCAAACAGUUUCUUGGCCAGUGUCGGAGGUUGAACAGACAACUGGACCACCUCGUGCUGGAAAGAUAAUCAUCAAGAGGCAAAAGAACCAGGGAUCAGCUUCUAGGAAUAAUGAUGAAUGUUCUACAUCCAUUUCUGAUGACUCCGAUAUUAUGUUUAUUGGCUCAUCCAGAGGAUCCUCCAAUUCAAGAUCAUCCAGCAUUCGGAGCCCUCAAUCUCGGGCUACUUUAGGUCCAGUGAUUGAAAUUGAUGAGUUGUCACCUGUAGUAAGAAACACUAGAUCACAAAGUAUAGAUGAUAUGCAUGAGGAUGAUUUAGAUGCCAGGGCAAGACAAGUAGAAGCAGACGAGAUGUUGGCACGUGAACUCCAAGAACAAUUAUAUCAUGAGGGGCCUAUAGUUGGAGGUGGAGAGAUUGAUGAACAUAUAGCAUGGGCAUUGCAGCAGGAGGAAAAUGGUAUUCAUACUUCUGCUGGAAGUCAAAAUGAGUCGCAUCCUAGAGGACCAACAAUGUCUCAUCUAUAUAGACAACCCCGGUCACGAUCUUCUCCAAAUCCCUCAAGUAGGAGAGGGAACCAAGGUCGGGUCCCUACAUCUACUAGAAUGGCACAGUUGAGGAAUCGCUUUCACAGGCAGUCUGCUGCUGCAUCAACUAGAGCAAGGAAUCUACAAUUUCCUUUGGACAUGGAUCUAGACAUGUAUGCUCACAGCCAGGAUUGAACCUGAACUGGGACAGUUAAUGGGAAUGGCCCUACCGUUCCCUAAGGGGCGUGCAUGGGGUGAUUGAUGAUGGAAUAUGAUUUGAAGAGAUAGGUGAAGUGUAGUUGGCCUGAUUAUAGUGAUGCUAGUAUGAAAUUUUUAUUACCCAUGCAAUCAAUAAUUGUGUUUUUCUGUUGCUUCUGGGCUUUUACUAAUUAUUCUAAUAGCAUUAUAUGAAAUUGAAUGUGCUUAAGGUUUUAAUAUAUGAUUACUUCUACAAGACAUUAUGGUUAUGUAGUUGACUUACAAAAAUAACUGGAAUGUUUUUUUGAUACAUACUACUAUUUGGAAUGCAAAUUGGGAACCACACAUUUUAAAAAUAAAUUUGUAGAUAUGGAAGGAUGUUUCUAUUUUCAAGAAACUCAAUAGUGACAUCUGCUCCUAGGUUGUUGUGAUCCUCUUUCAUAUUUUUAAGCUAAUUUUACUAAUAUAGUGAUGUAAUUAUCGGGUAAAAUAGUUCUUCCUAAUUUUUUGAAAUAAACUUCUAGUUCUAAGAAAGUAAAGAGAAAUCUGCUAAGACAGGGAGAAAAGUUGUACUUUGUUAGUUUCAGUUACAGCUUCUGGAUUGGUACUUUGGAUAUGUUGAAGCACCCUUUGGGAUUUGGUUGAUAUUUUUAGGGACUAUAGUUAGGUGGGAUUAUUGGAGAUUAUUGCUUUCUCCUAAUUUUUUCAUGAGGAUAAAUAUCUAGAAUUUUCUCCUUGAGAUUUGUUUUUUAUUCCUUUUCAAUUGUAAUUUUUCUAAGUAUAGUGAGUGUUAGAAAGCCUAGUUUACUGUCAAGGUGCAUUUUAUUUUUCUGUUUCUG